AUGUCUGCUUGUUUCGAACAAAUCGUUAUCAUCACUCCUGAAUUUGAUCAUCCGUCCUUCCCCGCUUUCCUCGCGAAACCGGAGCGCGGUGGUCCAGGUCUAAUCCUCAUCACGGAAAAUCUUGACAUCACGCAAGAGGUUGAACAAGAGGCCAUCAUACUUAGUCAAGAAGGAUACAUCGUAUUGGUACCGGACUUAUCAGAAAUUUCACCAGAUGAUCAGGAAGAGGUCGUGUUUGCCUACGGAAUGGUGAAUCAUCUUGAAC